AUGUUCACACUAAGGUCCGACCUCCCUGACACGCAACCCCUCCCCUCUGGGUCCAAAGUGCAAAAGGGCAAGAAACUACCCGCCGCGCAGGCGCGCACAGCGCCCCCGCGCGCCCACGCGGGGAACCGCCAGGGUGGAGGCCCCGCCCAUCUGCGCCCGCGCAUGCGCAGAGGCGCCGCCCCCGAAUUUCUGGCCUUCGGGCUGGGGCUGGGCCUUAUCGAGGAGAAGCAGGCAGAGGGCCGGCGGGCGGCCUCGGCCUGUCAGGAGAUCCAGGCAAUUUUUACCCAGAAAAACAAGCUGCUACCUGACCCGCUGGACACUAGACGCUGGCAGGGCUUCCGGCUGGAGGAGUAUCUGAUAGGGCAGUCCAUUGGCAAGGGCUGCAGUGCUGCUGUGUAUGAAGCCACCGUGCCUGUGUUGCCUCAGAACCUGGAGGUGGCCAAGAGCAUCGGGCCUCUUCCAGGGAGAGGCCCAGAUAUCACUCUACGAGGAGAAGAGGAGCGAGCUCCACGGGCCCCUGCCUUCCCCUUAGCCAUCAAGAUGAUGUGGAACAUCUCGGCGGGCUCCUCCAGCGAAGCCAUCUUCAGCACAAUGAGCCAGGAGCUAGUCCCAGCUAGUCGAGUGGCCUUGGCCGGGGAGUAUGGGGCAGUCACUUACAGAAAAUCCAAGGGAGGUCCCAAGCAACUGGCCCCUCACCCCAACAUCAUCCGGGUCGUCCGUGCCUUCACCUCACCUGUCCCACUGCUGCCAGGGGCCCUGGUCGACUACCCUGAUGUGCUGCCCCCACGUCUUCACCCCGAAGGCCUGGGCCAUGGGCGGACGCUUUUCCUCGUUAUGAAGAACUACCCCUGUACCCUGCGCCAGUAUCUGCGUGUGAACACUCCAAGCCCCCGCCUGGCCACCGUGAUGACCUUGCAGCUCUUGGAAGGCGUGGAUCAUCUGGUGCAGCAGGGCGUCGCACACAGAGACUUAAAGUCCGAUAACAUUCUCGUGGAGCUAGACACAGACGGCUGCCCCUGGUUGGUGAUCACAGAUUUUGGUUGCUGCCUGGCUGAUGAGCGCAUCGGCCUGCGGUUGCCUUUCACCAGCUGCUAUGUGGAUCGGGGCGGAAACAGCUGCCUGAUGGCUCCUGAGGUGUCCACAGCCUGCCCUGGCCCCAGGGCGGUGAUUGACUACAGCAAGGCUGAUGCCUGGGCAGUGGGAGCGCUCGCCUACGAAAUCUUCGGGCUCCCCAAUCCCUUUUACAGCCGGGGCAGGGCCCCCCUUGAAAGCCGCAGUUACCAAGAAGCUCAGCUGCCCGCGAUGCCCGAGUCAGUGCCUCGAGACGUGAGACAGCUGGUGAGGGCGCUGCUCCAGCGAGAGGCCAGCGAGAGACCGUCUGCCCGAGUAGCUGCUAAUGUGCUUCAUUUGAGCCUCUGGGGUGAACAUACUCUAGCCCUGAAGAAUCUGAAACUAGACAAGAUGAUCGGCUGGCUCCUCCAACAGUCAGCUGCCACUUUGCUGGCCGACAGGCUCACAGAGAAGAGCUGUGUGGAAACAAAAAUGAAGAUGUUAUUUCUGGCCAACCUGGAGUAUGAAGCGCUGUGCCAGGCAGCCCUCCUCCUCUACUCCUGGAGGGCAGCCCCGUGAUGGCCCUGAUGUAGCUGGUGCAUUACUAAAGAACUUAGCAUCUGUGUCUGAUGGUCUGUGAAUGCUGAGGGAGGGGCUCCUAGGUGAGGGGGGAGGUCAGGAGAAAAGAUGGCGCAGAGAGGGCUGAUCAACAAAAGAGAAGGCCACAGGUGUGGCAAAUGGAAGGAACAAUUUGAGUCAGACUUCACGGUCUGUAGCUACUAACUCUGGCUGUGUGAUUUUGGAUGAACAUAUACCCUGUGUGGACUAAAGUUCGCUUACCUAGAAAAUGAAGACACGGGUCUAAAUAAGAGUCAGCAAACUUUUCCCGUAGAAGGCCAGA